AUGUCACAUUUGGAAUCAAUUAAGGCCAACAAGGAGGCUUUCGAGAAAUUCGUUAAAGAAAAAGAAGACCAUUCCUUCAUCAAAGUUCUUCAGUAUACCGUUGCUUACACGCUUUUGACGUUUGACAUCAACAGCCCCAGGAAAGAUGUAUCUGAUACAGAAGAGCCAGUGGACGGAGAGCUUAUGGUGAAGAAGUAUGAGGAGCUUCCUCAUGGUCAAUUUGUUGGCAAUUUGCUUCGUCCAGACUCGAAGAUCAUUGAUUUUGCUUGUGGAACUGGCGCCAUUACAGAGAUGUUGGCACCUUUCAUUCCCCAGGCUGAAUAUGUGGGAAUUGAUAUAUCUGAAGAUAUGCUAGGCAAGUUUGACCAGACAGCUGGGGAAUUGAAGAAGAAGUUGCCUGAAUUGAAGGUGAAUUCGAUCUGUGGGGAUGUGCUUGCAGAUGACUUUGACGAUGCUGCCUUGGAGGGCUCUGCAGAUGUGGUGUUCUCGUCUUUGGCGUUUCACCAUCUUCAUAAUUACAAUGUUGUUGCCGAGAAACUCAAGACUUUCUUGAAGCCAGGUGGGCACAUUGUGAUUAUUGACAUGUUCAGCGAUCCAGCAAAGAACCACCAUAGCUUGUUGAGCAAGCAGGGCCAUGGCAACCACCAUAGUCACAGUCAUGGACAUGGACAUGGACAUGAAGAAGGUCAAGGGCAUGGACAUGGCCAUUCCCAUGGACACGAAGAGCCUCAAUUGAACGAUGAAGCAGUGAAACGUGGGGUAAGCCAUCAUGGAAUCAGUAACGAAGAGAUGAUCAGUUGCUUAUCGUCUGGCUGUGAAAACGUCUCGAGCACAAGAGAGCACCAUGUGAACCUAUGGUUUGAUAAAAAGAUGGCCGAUCCUGAUGGAACUCGGAACCUUCCUUCGAAGGACGACUUGGUGUUGGCUCCAUGCGGACUUAUCGUUGGAAUUGCACAGAAACUGGCCUGA